AUGACGAGAGCAGACGAAAGGAAGCCGAAGAAAUGGAUCCUGAACGCUUUUACAAUGAGCACGCCAGGGCACCUAGCUCCGGGGCUAUGGAGACAUCCUCGUAAUCAGUCCGCUCAAUACACAGAUAUCGAGUACUGGACAAAUUUAGCCAAGAUCCUGGAAGAUGGGAAAUUUCAUGGACUGUUUAUCGCAGAUGUCUUGAGCCACUAUGGGGUAUACAAGGGUGCUGGUAACAUUGAUCCGUCAUUACCGAGCGCUGCUCAAUUCCCGAUUACCGAUCCUUUUCUACCCGUGGCCGCCAUGGCAGCAGUGACGAAGCACCUGUCGUUUGGAAUUACAGCCUCAACCACAUACGAGAACCCAUUUUUGCUUGCAAGAAGGUUUGCUACACUUGAUCAUUUGACGAAAGGUCGCGUAGCUUGGAAUGCUGUCACCAGUCAUUUGGAGACAGCUGCGAAGAAUCUUGGGCUUCCUACGCAAAUUGCCCAUGAUGAGCGAUAUGAGAUUGCGGAUGAAUUCCUUACUGUGACGUACAAGCUGUGGGAGAGUUCUUGGAGAGACGAUGCCGUUGUCAAGGAUACUAAAACCAAACAAUACACAGUCCCAGGAAGAGUUCGUCAGAUUGACCACAAAGGGAAACACUUUUCUACUGCUGGUCCCUUGACCACGGAGCCAUCGAUUCAGAGGACCCCUUUCAUCUUCCAAGCUGGAGCCAGCACAGCGGGUAAAGCCUUUGCUACCAAGCACGCCGAGUGUAUGUUCGUUCCCGGCAUGGAGACACAUAAGGUUAAGAAGUCAGUCGACGAAAUCCGACAGCAAGCUAUUGAGCAGGGCCGGAACCCAGACCACAUAAAGAUUAUUGGUGGCAUUCUGAUCAUCGUUGAUGAGACGGAUGAAAAGGCACAGGCAAAAUAUGAGGACUACCUCAACUACAUUGACCUUGAAGGUGCUCUGACCCUUUUCGGCGGUUGGACUGGAGUUGAUCUCGACCAGUGGUCAGACGACGAGGAUUUCAAGUUUACAGGCCCAGGCGCAAUUCAAAGCAUGAUCACUUCGUGGUCGGCCACUGUUCCAGGAACUGAUGGGGUAAAGUGGACGAAGAAGAGAAUUGCCCAGGAACUCGCUCUCGGCGGCCCGCAUCCUCGCGCUAUUGGCUCACCGAAGACGGUUACCGAUAUUUUGCAAAGAUGGAUUGAUGAGUCUACCAUCGACGGCUUUAAUAUUUCAUAUGCUGUUAAUCCAGGUGACUUUGAGGAUAUCUCAAAGUGGCUUCUUCCCGAACUGCGAGCUCGUGGCGUGUUCUGGGAUGAUUACGCAGCAUCUACGACGCGGGAGAAUUUCUUUGACGAUGGGUUAGGUCCUCGACUACGUGAUGAUCACCCGGGAGCGAAGUACACCUGGCUGGCAACUGAGGAAAGUGCCGGAGAGGGCUAA